AUGUUGCGACCAAGUGGCGGCAACGCAUUGUACCCCAAGCAUGGCUGGCAUUUCGGAGCGAUUCACAUGAAUGCCAGUCAAAUUGAGGACUUUCACAUGGAUGAUAUGGCUGUGGACAUGCGCAAUGUGACGCCUGAGCUCUGGGAUCUUAUUGGCUACCUACUGACAGGAGAGGAGAACAAGUCUGAGUCUGAACUCGUUCAGAUGGAUGCAGAAGAAGUGGAAUAUUGGGCUGUGCUUGAAGGUGAAAGCCAGAUGUCUUCUCGACAUGCAGACAUUGUACACACUCAAUGUCUUGCUUUGAAACAGACUCAAUGUAAUGCAUUACCUGCUGUCAACGGGCUCUUGCUCCAUGCGUGCAACACACCUGACAAAGUCAUCAAAGUGCUCGCACAUACCGGCUUCUCAAUUUCACCCAGCACAAUUAAUCAGGCAAUGUCAAGCGACAAGGAGAGAACAAACCAAAAGGCUGGGGGCGUUCAACUGGAUCUCACUGAAGUGAUGCUGGUCCAUGCACAGCCUGCUGAUGCAGCCCUGGGGGCCGCUGAAAGUGCUACACGUAUUCGGGAGCUUGGACAGUCCCUCAUGGCCAUGUUUGUGUGGGACAACUUCGACCUGAAACUAAACACGGUUACACCCACUGUCAAACACUCUAUGGAGACACUACUACACCUGACAUCAGGGCUCAUAUUCCGCCUUGGUCAUGGCUUCACCAAGGAGGAUCUGAGAUGCUCAAAGGAGCUGUGGGAGAAGUCAGCGCUGAACCCCAACAAUUCCAUAUGCAACCACGCACAACAUGCUGACACAGCCCCGGGGGCCGUCGAUGGAAACAUGGAGGCAAUCACAAACCUUCUUGCACAAAAAGGUAUCGGGGAUCUGGGAGAGGAGAAACUAUGGAAUCAUGAUCCACACCUUGUCGACGUAUCCAACUAUGUUGUCCUGAUGCACGGGGACUUGAGUACUUGCGAGAGGGUCCAAUCAAUUCUCAAAUCACAGAGUAUUGAGGAGACGCCAUGGCAAUGUUACCAAUAUGUUGUCUUUGUGAUGGGUCUCUUCCAUUUGAAGAUGGCCACAGCAGAUGCAAUAUGGUGCAUCUUCCUCAGCCCUAUGAACUCGCGGCUCAACACAACCAGUCUCAUGGCAUAUGUAGGAGUUCUCCAACCAAAGGAGACCUUGAAGAUAGGAUCAAGUCCUAAGUUCCGUGUCAUGCAUGAAGUGAUAGGCCAUGCAGGGAUUGGCUUACAUCUUGAUGCUUGGGAUAAGAAGAUCAAGUCAUUAAAGGACUUUGUGGACACCAAACCUACCUUGGAAGUCCUGCACGAGAUGGCAGACAUGCUCGCAUCUGAGUAUGUUUCGAACAGCGAUAGUCUAUAUGAUGCAUGUCAGCGCACAAGCAAUGUUCGAGAUGUUCAGCUCGAAAACACCAGGCUCCUACAUCAAUACCUGUUGCUUUAUGAGGAGCUCGCGUACACCAUGAAUUCCGGGGACAUUGGCUGUGUAGAAACACUAUUUCCGGCCUGGAUUGCACUGUUCAAAGCAACCAGUAAACAUAAAUAUGUGAAUCAAAUGUUCAAGUUCAUGACCAACCUUCACUUUGUAUAUCCACAAUGUCUCCGUGAUGUGAUACACCACCACAUGAUGAUCAAUCUCAAGGGCCAACUGAUGAUGUUCCGUGCUGUUGAUUGGGUGGUGGAGCUCCAUAACCUGUUUACGAAGGAUAUGUAUGGUGGCGAUGGUUCCAAUUACACAAAAGCGCACAUCCUAACAGAAUCUCCCAACAUUCUUGUCCACUGGAACUGUACACGCAAUGCAGAACACCACUAUCAUCUAAAUGGGCUCAGUACAGCUCAUGGAAAGAAGCAUCUAACAAAAACAUUUGCCACCCUUGCAGCACACAUGCAAGAGCACGGUCCACACGAACAUCACACUGGUUGCAAAUCAGAAUAUAUCAUUGAAGAUAUGAUUGACAAAGGGCUUACAGUGUUAUGGGUGUCAAACCACAAAGGCGGAACAGUGGCUGAAGAUGGGGACAAGAUUGUAGAUGAUGAGGCAAGUGUGCACCAGACAACGAGGACACUACCUGCAUCAAAGGAACAGGGAUAUUCUCCUGUUGUGCUUGUCAGCCCGGAGCUGUCAAGAACCGUGGAAGCAGUUCCUACACUACUGGGUCUGCCGCUUCCAUCCUCAUUCAAAGGAUGCUGUUGA